UAUUGCGUUACAUUGUAGCAAAAUGGCGGCUGUCAUUCAGAAUCCACUAAAAGCGUUGGGUGACCAGUUCUAUAAGGAGGCCAUUGAGCAGUGCCGCAGCUACAAUGCCCGUCUGUGUGCUGAACGCAGCGUCCGCCUGCCAUUCCUGGACUCCCAAACCGGCGUGGCCCAGAACAACUGCUACAUCUGGAUGGAACGACAUCACCGCAGCCCCGGGGUGGCAGCUGGCCAGAUGUACACAUACCCCGCCCGCUGCUGGAGGAAGAAGAGACGGCUGCACAACACCUCGGACCCUCGCUUGGGCAUCUACGGCCUCCAUCUCGAAGGCGGCCUCAUGUCCAAGGACACCUUGCCCACCCAGAGCACCACGCUGGAGGCUCUGCUGCGAGGGGAGGGUCUAGACAAGAGGAACAACUCCAAGAAUGAUGAGGAGAGUCUGCUGGAGAUCCAGAGGGUUCUGGAGGCAGACGCAGCAGAAGACGCCUUCAAUGAUGAUGACGACUAUGAGGUGGACACUCCCAAGAGGAGACAUCGGGGAAAAGGAAGAGGUCGAGGUUCGGGCCGCAGGAGGGCAGAUGUGGAUGAUGACAAGCCAUACGUCUGUGACAACAGAUACAAACAAAAGCAGAACUCAAAAUCUUCGACCUCAGUCUGUGCGAAGCGCUACAGGAACCGUACAGGACUAAGCUACCACUACACCCAUUCCCACCUGGCAGAGGAGGAGCGAGCCGGAGAGAGGAGCUCGGUGGCGUCCAGAUCGCCCUCUGCACAACAGACUGACAGACACAAACGUCCAAAGGGUCCAGGUGGGGCCAGCAUUCCCAACAACUACUGUAAUAAAUGCCAGGGCUCGAACAAGAAAACGGGUAAAUCGGGGACUCCCUACUCAGCCUGCCGAUGCACAACUGACUGUGGAGAAGAGAAGGAAGACGGGACUUUUACUGGAGCAGAGGAACUGUUUGGCACCACCUCCGAGAGCGACACUUCCACCUUUCACGGCUUCGAGGACGACGAGCUGGAGGAGCCUGCCACAAACAGCAACGGAAUAUCCAACCGACACAGAUAGAGAGACCCUUUAAAGAUUUAAAGAGACAAUUUUUUUUAUAUGGAUUAACCUCUGGCAAAAAUCUGCUGCUUCUUUUUCAAUGUUUUUUGUUUGCAGAAAGCACAAAGUGAUAAUUUCAGGACAGAAAUGCAAGUGGUAUUUUAUCUACUGAACAUUGUUGAAUAAUUUAUGAACACCUUUUUUAUAUAUAAAUAUAUAUAUCAACUUUGAAGGCGAUGAACAACUGUCAGUGUUUCUCGACAAGUGACUUGGUCUCCAUGCAGAACAGAAGAUGUUUUUGGGGCGUUUUUUUUCCCCUCACUGGAGCAGAAGGAGCAUAAACGUUAUGAACAGCAACAACAACAAAAAAAAAAACACUGGAUGCAUUUGAAAAUUUUAAAGGCAUAAAUGAUACAGGACGUUUGGGAGGUGAUUGAAUGUCAUUGCGGGCCCACACUUGAGCUACUGGAUAUUUUUUAAACAGUAGUCACUGUGACUAUGAAGGUCUCUAACUCUGGAUUAAAUGUGUAUGAAAAUGAAGGAACCAAUGAAAGGACUGCCACAGGCCACUGGAAGUGUUUGGAGAUGAAGAAACCUAUAAAUAUAGUCUUUACAGAUAUAUGGGACUAAAUAAAUGAAAGGAGCACUCAGCACAUUGGCAUGUGGCCCAGGAGAGGGUGUGACCGGUGAAGAAGAGGAUUUAAACUCUCAAAAACUAAUGAGCCUUCAGGUCCCUCCUGAUUUUGGGCCUGAAAUAACAGACUGAAAUGGAUGAACACACAUCCACUGCAUCUACAGGCCAUGUGGCUUAAUUGAAGCAACUGCUCCCUUGACGAUAUGUAUCGAUCUUUUCUGAACAUUUGAAAUGUGAGUCGAUCCAGCUUCAUUUCAUCCUUCCUGCACUGUGCUGGAGCUCCACUGAACUAUGGGAACACUAAAGGCCAGGCCUUUCAGACUGUUUGUGCCCAAACGGGUGCAUUUGGGGCCCCCGCGGCCCAGCCUGCCCACUCCUGCUCUGUGACUGUGUGUCUGCUGUGUGAUCCGAUGUGACACUAAGACGUCAUUAUCCUCAUCACUGUGCCAGCCUGCCGCUCUGCACUGGAAACCAGCUCUGACAGCCAUGACCCUCCAACCUGAUUGGACCAGUGACCCCCUGACCCCCAGCCAUAGAGAUGGUGCUCAAAUCCACCACUAUUACAUGCAGACCUCUGGACUACUGUAUUAAUACUCUGACAUGGACGCAAAGGUUUUAUCUUUCUGCCGCUGUCCCUCUGUUUUUCCUCUAUUUCCUGGGUCUUGAAUGCUUCACAGUAAUUUAGUUUUUUUUUCUCUGUUGUAUAAUAUUUCUAUGUUUUGAACUCUUUAACGUUUAAUUAGUAUGACUUCUUGGGUUUGUUCAGACUGUAUUGAUACCUCUGUCCUGAUCAGGUGCACAAUAGCCACAACUACUCAGGCAUCUUUCAUUUCCUCUGCUGUUGAUUGUUCAGCCACGCAGCCCUGAUUCAUGUGAUUGUAUUCAGUUGGCACAGAGGGACAAUAACGCCACACAAGGAUCCUAUUAUAAUCAACUCCCAGGAGGGAUUUUGGGAUGCUGCAGUCUCAUGCUAUAGGAAAACAUCGCAAUAACAAGCUUCAACUGUUGUCUUGUCUCUGCUGACUCUGCCUGGCAUCACGUCCGCCACGCAGCACCGCUCCGCUUUCUGUUUAAAACAGUGAGAGUCAUCUCAUGUGCAUUGGAACACAACAUUGUUAUAGAGACGCAACUCUGCCCAGAUCCACAUACUGACAUACGCAGAAGUGAAAACUGUAUCUGUGACAUUUCCGUUGAGUGCUUUAGAGGGCCUAAUUGCUUUAUGACAUUUAGAAGGUGCUUGAAGUUCUGUAUCAAAAAGCCUUUGAGUCCAUAGGUUGCACAUACUGUGUAAGAUGUCUGUGUCCUUCCAUGUGAUUAUUCAGUAUCGCUGCAAAGUAAUAAUAGCCGCUCCGUUUCUGAAGCUAACCAUUAAUCCUAUGUGUCUGGUAUGACCUGCGUAUGUGCUUGUGCAUUCACACCAUAUUUCUUCACUUCCCUCAGGGACCUUCCCCACUGCAGUUUAUCUCCUCCGGACAAAGAAUGGAUCUGAGACUUCUCAAUUAUCUCGUCUUCUUGUAUCAUUUAUGUGGUGUUUCCACAGUAAUAUGGGUAGUUGUGUCUUUUAUCUUCCAAAGUCAUGCCAGUAAGUGAAAGCAUGUGUCAUCAAUCAUAAACCUGCUUAAUAGUACCUACCGUGUACAAACAGGCCUAGCGUGGUACAGUUCUGAACAAAAGGAGAAGCUCCUAAAUGCAAAAGUCAGUGAUGUCCGCUUCGAAUUAUGUGUCACCAAUCAUUGAAUAGCCUGUAUACCUCGUCAAAGACACAGCAAUAGGCCCUGGUACUCUCUUGUCAAGCCUGCCGGGGGUGGAGAGGGAGGAUCGGGGUGGGAACGGAGCCAAGAGGAGAUGAAAUGGACAUGACUAGGCGUUUGUUUCAUCUUCAGCUGUAAAUACGAGUCCAAAUGGAGAGAAUGAAGAAGUCUUUGUUUGUUAAACUAUUUUUAUUGUUCUGGAAAAAAAUAAAGAAUGAA